CGGGGAGGUGGUCCGGGACUCGGGACCCCUUGCUGCCUGGGCCGAACCCCGCGCCCUGUGGGUCGCGAUCCUCCACUUCCUCCGUCCUCGCCCUUCCUUCUAUUUUCGCACGCAAGCGAAGCUGCUCUCAGUAAGGGUCGCAGUUUUCAAGCAAAAGUGCUUCCGCGGCUGCCGAGGCUGUAGCUCCCAAAUCAGAGUCCUGGGGGACGCUGGCAUUCGGCGUGGGUAUUGGUUGUAUAACAGCUCUGCCCUAGUUAUCUCUUUGUGAGGCCAGGAUCCCUCCAUUGGCCAGCAGUUUUAAGGUGUCGUGAGAUCUUGUGCGGAGAAGCCCAUUGGCACAGCCCCCAAAGCAGGGAGAAGCGUUGCUGGGCUGAAAUCAGCUACUCUUAAAUAAGGAUCCCCGCCCCCCUUCUGUCUUACCCGGGUGGAGCUGGUUGAAGACAAAUCCUCCGAAAACAUUGUGUGAUGUGAUCCUUAUGGUCCAGGAAAGAAAGAUACCUGCCCAUCGUGUUGUCCUUGCUGCAGCCAGUCACUUUUUUAACUUAAUGUUCACAACUAACAUGCUUGAGUCAAAGUCCUUUGAAGUAGAACUCAAAGAUGCUGAACCUGACAUUAUUGAGCAGCUUGUGGAAUUUGCUUAUACUGCUAGAAUUUCUGUGAAUAGCAACAACGUUCAGUCUUUGUUAGAUGCAGCAAACCAGUACCAGAUUGAACCUGUGAAGAAAAUGUGUGUUGAUUUUUUGAAAGAACAAGUUGAUGCUUCAAAUUGUCUUGGUAUAAGUGUGCUAGCAGAGUGUCUGGACUGUCCUGAAUUGAAAGCAACUGCAGAUGACUUUAUUCAUCAGCAUUUUACUGAAGUUUACAAAACUGAUGAAUUUCUGCAGCUUGAUGUCAAGCGAGUUACACAUCUCCUCAACCAGGACACUCUGACUGUGAGAGCGGAGGAUCAGGUUUAUGAUGCUGCAGUCAGGUGGUUGAAAUACGACGAACCUAAUCGCCAGCCAUUUAUGGUUGAUAUCCUUGCUAAAGUCAGGUUUCCUCUUAUAUCAAAGAAUUUCUUAAGUAAAACCGUACAAGCUGAACCGCUUAUUCAAGACAAUCCUGAAUGCCUUAAGAUGGUGAUAAGUGGAAUGAGGUAUCAUCUACUGUCUCCAGAAGAUCGAGAAGAACUGGUAGAAGGCACAAGGCCCAGAAGAAAGAAACAUGACUACCGCAUAGCCCUGUUUGGAGGCUCCCAGCCACAAUCUUGUAGAUAUUUUAAUCCAAAGGAUUAUAGCUGGACAGACAUCCGCUGCCCCUUUGAAAAACGAAGAGAUGCAGCAUGUGUGUUUUGGGACAACGUAGUAUACAUUUUGGGUGGUUCUCAGCUUUUCCCCAUAAAACGAAUGGACUGCUAUAAUGUUGUGAAAGACAGCUGGUAUUCCAAACUGGGGCCCCCAACACCUCGAGACAGCCUUGCUGCCUGUGCUGCAGAGGGCAAAAUUUAUACAUCAGGUGGCUCCGAAGUCGGAAACUCAGCUCUGUAUUUAUUUGAAUGCUAUGAUACAAGAACUGAAAGCUGGCACACAAAGCCCAGCAUGCUGACUCAGCGAUGCAGCCACGGGAUGGUGGAAGCCAAUGGCCUGAUCUAUGUUUGCGGUGGAAGUUUAGGGAACAAUGUUUCUGGGCGAGUGCUGAAUUCCUGUGAAGUUUAUGAUCCUGCCACAGAAACGUGGACUGAGCUGUGUCCAAUGAUUGAGGCCAGGAAGAAUCAUGGACUGGUAUUUGUAAAAGACAAGAUAUUUGCUGUGGGUGGUCAGAAUGGCUUAGGUGGUCUGGACAAUGUGGAAUAUUAUGAUAUUAAAUUAAACGAAUGGAAGAUGGUCUCACCAAUGCCGUGGAAGGGUGUAACAGUGAAGUGUGCAGCGGUUGGCUCUACAGUUUAUGUCUUGGCUGGUUUUCAAGGUGUGGGUCGAUUAGGACACAUCCUUGAAUAUAAUACUGAAACAGACAAAUGGAUUGCCAACUCUAAAGUCCGAGCUUUUCCAGUAACAAGUUGUUUAAUUUGUGUUGUUGAUACUUGUGGAGCAAAUGAAGAAACCCUUGAGACAUGAAAAGUGAGUGGACUUCAAGACUCAUCGGAGACUCAAAAAUAUGGCCACCAGUGCUUUGUUUCGAGAGUUUGGUUACAAAGUUUUACUUUGGUGUUUUGUUUUUUUAAAGGAAGUUUCAAGUACAGUAAGAUCCCUAUAAAAUAGAUGUUUCUUUUAUAUGGAUUUCCUUACUUAAUUCAAAGACCGUAUUUUAGCUGGCCACAUAACCAAGAACAUAUCUAGAAAGAAAACUUGAAAAAUUAUAAGCAUUGGGUGAAAAUAUGAAUUCUUAAAUGAAUUUCACAUUUGUAACUAUAUGAUUAGGGCAGAGUGGGAGAUUGGCUCAUCAAUGAGGCAGUCUCAUCUUAGCUCUAGAUUCUAUUUUCAUACGUCAUAGAAAUGCUAUGUAGUUAGGUCUGUUUGUUUCUGUUCAGUCAAGAACUAAUAAAUAGUAUGAAUUGUAAGGCAAGACAGCCAACUCUGAUGGAGCAGCUUAGUCUUACAUAAUUUUGCUUGUCUUCAUUUGUUCCAUUUAGUGCCAAAUGUAUUCCAUUUUAAAAGCAAGCCAGAGUGAGUCAAGGCAUACACAUGUUCUCUCACAAGACUUCAUAAACACAUUUUAGGACUUACAAAUGUACCCAACUCCUCAUGAAAGAUAUUCAAUCCAAUUAAACACAGUGUAUCUUUUUAACACAAAAUGUCCAGCUUAGCACCCAUCAUUAAUUUAUAUCACUGUUUUUCCCAGUGGUUAAAAAAUGAUUAUGCCUCCUCAGUCCUCACUGUGAAAUCAAAUCAAAUCAUAAUAAGAAUGAUUAUCUAGCAAAAGAUAAGCGUAUUUAUAGCAAACUUCUAGGUCACUAGAAUAGCACUGAUAGUUUAUACAAUAUCAUUGUUGACUUUGAACCUCUUAUGGAUUAAAAGGUACAUCACUGCUUUUCCUUAACAGGACAUGUCAGAGGUAUUUGACGCAGUUGUCUCUAAUAAAAGUUUUGUAAUAAUUUGAGUUCGGUAUUUGUCAUCUCGCAUUAAUUGCUUUUGUGUGCUCAAUAAAUCUUUUACAAACCCAACUACUCAUUUCUUUCUUAGUAAUGUUGUGCCCUUUUACAUUAUGGAAUGUAUGGAAUGAGCCAUGUAAAGCUGUCACCAUCAAAGUUUUUAUCUGAUAAUAUUAAAUAUUUUUUAACUUAAAAUAGACUGCUAACUUUUAUUCAUUCUUCAUUUCAAAUGUGUUAAGUAAUGGUUAUUUUUAAAAUUUAAGCAGUGUUUCUAUUUUAAUUUUCAUUGUUUUCUUUUUAUGGGGGUUAUAAUCUUAAACGCUAAAAAUGUCUAAAUGAAAAAGGAAUUAUAAAAAGCAUAAUGAUAGAUAUAUUUGUACUUAUGUAGGGUUUUUAAUGUACAUAAUAGCUUUAUUGAGAUAUAAUUCAUGUAUCAUACAAUUCACCCAUUGAAAGUGUAUCAUUCAAUGGUCUUUAAUAUAUUCACCAAGUUGUGUCACCCUCACCACACUUCAGGAACAUUUUCAUCACCACAAAAAGAAACCCCAUACUCAUUAGCAGUCACUCUCUGUCUUCCCCCUGUAUGAGUUUCCUAUGGCUCCUGUAACAAAUUACCACAAAAUUCAUGGUUUAAAACAACAGAAAUGUAUUCUUUCACAAUUCAGGAGGCCAGGAGUCCUAAAUGAAGAUGUUGGCAAGGUUGCUUGCUUUUGGAGGCUCUGAGGUGCAAACUGCCCAGGCCUCUCUCUAGCUGCUUCUGGUGGUUGCUGGCAAUCCAUGGCAUUCGUUGGCUUGUAACUGCAUCACGUCAAUCACUGCCUGUGUCUUCACAUGGCCCUCUUCCCUGUGUCUCUCUCUGUGUCUUCAUGUGGUGUUAAAAGGACAACAGUCAUUGGAUUUAGCCCACCAUCCCCCGAUCCAGGAUGAUUUUAUCUUAACUAAUGACAUCUGCAAAGAGCCUAUUUCCAAAUAAGGUCACAUUCUGAAGCUCUGGGUGGACAUGAAUUUUGUGGGGACAUUAUUCAACCCAGUAACAUCCCCCAGACACCGCAGCCCUAGGCAACCAUUAAUCUUUGUCUUUAGUUUUACCUAUUCUGAACAUUUUUAUGUUGGGUUUUGAAUUUUGCACCCUAUUGAAAAAAAUGUGUCCAGUUUAAAUUUUUUGAGGGAAAAAUAUCCAGGUAUCAUAUUACAGUUUUGUUGUAUUACUUAAUAUGAUAAUCUCCCAAGUGGAAAUACGCAGCACUGUUUAAGAUCUUUUAAAUGGACUAGUCUUUUCUUUAGGCUCUGUCAACUGACCAGAACACGGUAUAAGUAUGUAGACAGGUUUGAUGUAGGUUAUAAUGAAGUGGUUUUUAAAAAUUAGUAAUUCCUAAUUAGUGUCUGUUUUCUGCCUUCGAAAUAUUCUACAAAAUUGUUAAUGCCAGGAUAAUGAAUGAGCAAAAUAUAUUGUCAAAUAAACUUUCUAUUCCUCGCCCCCCGCCAAAAUUCCUGUAAAGUGCUCUACUUUCUUUUUAGUAGAUACAUGAUAUAUUAAUGUUAUAUCCUUUGCAGUGACAUUAUUGUGAUGAUACACCUAUUUAGAUUAAUCUUUUUAAAGUCACAACUUUAACAUGAAAGUUAUUAUGUCUUGAAAACAAUUGUAAUAAAAACAGUAAUUGUGACCUAGCUUUCAAAAACCUUAUGUAUAGUCUCACAGAAACUUUUGUCAUGAAAAUGAGCCAUUUAAUAAAUAAUUAUUCAACCAAGCAA